UGCUAAAAUUCGCAUUCCAGGGGAUAAAUAUCAUGUUAUUGGAGUCGCUUCAAACCGGCGGACAUGAAAAAAACAACCCGGGCCAACAGAAGUAGCCCAAUUCCUUGCCAACUUGGCAACACUGGUAUAGGCUCAAUCAUGUUGCGUAAUUAAUUACCCAGAGAUCCUCCUACAGAUAAACCCCUCUUAAAGAUACAAAGAGCUCGCGACUGCAUCACACACCUUUCAAGAAACUAAAACACCUACAACACUUCAUUACAGAGGCCAGCAUGAAGAAGUUGCUUGUGGAUGUGGACUGUGGUGUGGAUGAUGCUCAGGCUAUCAUGAUGGCUUUGGCAGUGCCUGGUGUGCAGAUCCUGGGCAUCACCUGCGUUCAGGGCAACACUUCAGUAGAGAAUGUCUGCAAGAACGUCCUGCGUGUCCUGAAAGUGUGUAAGCAUCUGGAGAUUCCUGUAUUCCGUGGAGCGACUAAAGCGCUCUUGGGACAGACCAUCAGUGCUGGAGAAUUUCAUGGCAAAGAUGGACUCGGGGACGCCCCGGACCCCAACGCUCCUGGUUUGGAUCUGGUCCAGAAAGAGGACGCCGUGUCAGCCAUGAUCCGAAUAGUCAAUGAGAAUCCUGGAGAGGUGUCUUUAGUGGCCACGGCUCCGCUGACAAAUGUGGCUUUGGCAGUGAAACUUGACCUCUCAUUUCCCCAGAAACUCAGAGGCCUUUACAUUAUGGGUGGCAAUACAGAUUCGCGUGGGAACACCACUGUGUGUGGAGAGUACAACUUUGCAGCUGAUCCUGAAGCAGCAUAUAUUGUUCUGAAUGAAUUUAUUUGCCCAGUUUACAUUGCAACCUGGGAGUUCACGUGUCGCAGUAAAAUACCCUGGGAGUUCUGUGAUGGUUGGCUGGCUCAGGACACAGAUAAAGCUCGGUUUAUGAAGCAGAUCUUUAAGAAUAGCAUGGAGUGCACCUACAGCGAGAGGAUUGAGAAGGAGCUGGUGGAUGGGCAGGGAUUCGUCUCCUGUGAUUCUUAUGCCAUGGCAGCAGCCAUAGACGAGACAUAUAUCAUUGAAACUGAACACAAAGCCGUCACUGUAGAGCUGGCGGGGAACUGCUGCCGGGGAAUGAUGGUUGUAGAUCACCUCGAUAUCCUGAAGAAGACUCACGAAGCCCACAUCUUGAAGAAGGUGGACUUGGAGAGGUUUAAAGUGCUCAUGAUGAAUGCUUUGAAAUAAAUGAUCAUUAGUAUCCAUGUCUGGAAUUAUCUUACGAUAUUUUUUAUAAACAUCUUUGUGGAAAUUUUUUUUUUGCUACUGGCUACUUCAUCAGAUUUCACUUUUUUACAAAAUCAUAAAACCAUUCACACAGAAAUAACAGUCAGCUGUUGAAUGAGA